AUGGCCACCGCAGCCGCCGCCAUCCCUGACGUCCGGAGGUGGAGCAAAGCUUCCGGCGGUCCUUCGUCUCCGGUGACCGCCACCGCCGUCUUCCUCUUCCUCUUCGUCGUCGUGGUCGGCGUCCUCGUCUCCGGCCGUUGGAUAACCACCACCACUAAUUUGGCAGACACCAAUCUAGAUCGGUGGCGCACAAACCCGGUAGGCGAUCCUAAAUUCCUGACCGCCACGCAUUCCACCUCCAUCCCUGCCACCCCUGAUGUGCCGCCGCCGCCGCUCCCCACAUACUCCCUCUCCUGCUCGGCGCCGCCACUCGCCGGUGAGCCUGACAUCCCAAGCAACAUCUCUCAGACUCUGUCCCUCGCGCUCUCCUCAAACGCCACAUGCGCCUCUGUCUCCGAGACACAGCUGGUUCCCCCCACUACCGCCGCCAACUCCUCCUGCCCUGCCUACUUCCGCUUCAUCCACGAGGACCUCCACCCGUGGCGCGCGGCGGGGGGCAUCACGCGCACGAUGCUCGACCGCGCGCGCACCACCGCCAACUUCCGCCUUGUCAUACUCCAUGGCCUUGCCUACAUUGAGCGCAUCGCGCCAGCCUUCCAGACGCGUGACCUCUUCACCAUCUGGGGCAUCCUCCAGCUACUCCGCCGCUACCCUGGUCGCAUCCCCGAUCUCGACCUCAUGUUCGACUGCGUGGACUGGCCGGUUGUCCAUGCUGAUGAGUACCAGGGGGAGAACGCCACCAUCUUGCCACCGCUUUUCCGCUACUGCGGCAACAAUGAGACACUCGACAUAGUUUUCCCGGACUGGUCUUUCUGGGGCUGGGCCGAGAUCAAUAUAAAGCCCUGGGAUGCGCUGCAAAAGGAUCUGGAUGCUGGCAAUAGGAAGGUGAGAUGGAUAGAUAGAGAGCCUUAUGCUUAUUGGAAAGGGAAUCCAGAGGUCGCAGCUAUAAGGCAAGAGCUGGUUGAGUGUAAUGUUUCCAGUGAGCAAGAAUGGAAUGCACGGAUUUACAAACAGGAUUGGGUUAAAGAGAGCAAGGCGGGAUACAAAAAAUCAGAUUUGGCAAGUCAAUGCACCCACAGGUACAAGAUCUACAUCGAAGGAUCAGCGUGGUCAGUUAGUGAGAAGUAUAUCCUAGCUUGUGAUUCGAUGACGCUAGUGAUUAACCCGAAAUACUACGAUUUCUUUUCAAGGGCGCUGAUGCCCACUCAGCACUAUUGGCCUGUUCGAGAUGAAAGUAAGUGUAGCUCCAUAAAGUAUGCUGUGGACUGGGGAAAUUCUCACAAGAAAAAGGCACAGAAAAUAGGGAAGGAAGGAAGCAAGUUCAUUCAACAAGAACUUAGUAUGGAAUAUGUAUACGAUUACAUGUUUCACCUCUUAACAGAGUACGCUAAGCUCCUACUGUUCAAGCCAACAAAGCCACCUGAAGCUGUUGAGGUCUGUCCCGAAUCUUUGGCCUGCCAAGCCAUAGGCAGGGAGAAGAAGUUUAUGGAGGAUUCCAUGGUAAAGUCUGCAAACGUUGCUGGCCCAUGCAGUCUGCCUCCUCCCUUUAGCCCCGAGGAAUUCAGAGAACUGUAUCAGAGGAAAGAAAAGUCGAUGAAGCAGGUUGAAGCGUUGGAGCGAAAUGCUUCAAAGCCUGAGGAGCGAAAUGCUUCAAAGCCUGAGGGUAGCAAUCGUUGA